AAUACCAACAGCAUGAAAACUCUAUUGCUCUGUGUGAUUCAUGUCAUAUUCUUCAGAGUUUAUGAAAUCCAGUGUAAAUCUCACCCAAAGCCUUCAUGUGGAUACCCACCUUCUCAAUGGUGCAGGUCUCUGGAGAUCGCCAUAGAAUGUGGGGUGCGGAAACAAUGCAUGGAACUGAACGCGACCCGGCCCGACCCAGUGGUUCCUCCCGUAGAGAUCACUCUCUAUUACGAGAGCUUGUGUCCAGGCUGCAGAGCGUUCCUUACAGAACAACUCUUCCCAACCUGGACUUUACUAAAAGAUAUAAUGAAAGUCAACCUGGUGCCCUUUGGCAAUGCUAAGGAGCUUCCCGAAGAUAAUUCAUUCUCAUGUCAACAUGGAGUACCAGAGUGCUACGCUAACAUGGUUGAGGCAUGUGUUUUAUAUGCAGCCAAUCAUGCAGCAUUUCCUGUCAUUUACUGCAUGGAGUCAUCUGCAGAUGUACUAAAAUCUGCUAAGCCUUGUUUGCAGCUCUAUGCGCCAUUUGUUAAAUGGCAGACUAUAGAAUCUUGUACCAGAGGAAAGCUUGGCCACAGUUUAAUGCAUCAAAAUGCAGUGAAGACGCAAGCGCUCAAACCAGCACACAUUCAUGUUCCCUGGAUCACCUUCAAUGGGGAAUACACUAGUGAAUGGGAAGAUAAGGCAAUGUCCACUCUCUUCAACCUUGUAUGCAGUAUGUACAAAGGAAUCAAGCCACCAGUCUGUACCGGAGCUCUGAAAAAACUGGACAGAAGCUUUUGCUAGUGGAAGAGAGAAGUGUUGCACAAUAUAUUUGUGAUAUAUUUCAUGUUCUUUAAACUUUAGCCUAUGUUUUUGUGUGUUUGAGGUAAAAUAAAAAGAAUAACAUUUUAUAAUGUUAACACCCUUUUAACCAUUGAUCUACAGUGGAGAUCAAAAUUAGAGAAUUUAUGAAAACUUGAUUUUGAUUUAUGAAACCUUGAUCCAGUCUCUUCCACAGUUUGGUGACUGCAGUGGAUUUCUUAGACAUACUGUAACUUUGUCCCCAAGGAUUUUCCAGAGAUUUCAAAUGGGUUUAGAUCAGGACUCUGAGCUGGACAUUUCAUUAUUUCAGUGUUUUCAGUCUUUUGGGGGGACUUAUUAGUGGCAUUGUACAGGUGCAUUAUUCUAGAAAGCACAGAUUUGGAGCGACCAACUUCUCUUGCUAUGGCUGCUAUUGGCCUUCAUCUGGACAAACUGCGGUCAAUGGGUUUCAGUAAAUUAAGAAUGGCUCUCCAUCUUGCACAGUCCGUGAAAACUGGAAAGUUAGGCUGUCAGAUAGGGUUUGUCAGAUAAUUAAGGAGAUUUGCACAAGGUGCCAGAUCAACACCAAGAACUUGGAGAUAUCUGAAAGUGUUCUUUAAUUUUGAUCAGUGUUCUUUUUCAAAUUUCUCAUUUAAGUGUUUAUAUAUAUAUAUAUAUAUAUAUAUAUACUGUGUUUUAACUCAUGAAAUAUGCCUAAAAAACUGCUUUUACUUCUGUUAGGAUAACUUCAAAUAGGACUAAGCAGUGACCUCGAAAUUUAGAAAAUUGUAGGUUGUUCUCUAAUUUUGACCUCCGCUGUAUGUGCAUUUGGAUAAACGUUUGGGACAAAAGCGUACUUAACACUAAAACUAAAGUGUUUUCCUUUUCUUUUCUUUUUUUUUCUUUUAAAGGAAACCAUAAAGAUCAUGUGAGCAAAUCAAUAACAUGGAGCUCAAACUGCCUCCUGUGGCGACAAAUGACUCCUAAUGACCUUUUUGUCUCAGGGGAAAAUUUCCAUUUAAAAAAUAUCUAGGAUGUAUAAUGGAUUCGAAUGGAUUUUUCAAAUGCAUGGAAACUCUGGUACUGUAUAACAGACCAGUUCACAAUGUCCACAUGUUUUUGUCAUCAAAUUCAAAGCGUUGGCACUGGAGUUACACUGAAAUCAAGAAACGACUUAAGACAAUU